CGCUUCCCGUCGAUUCGUAAAUCCACUUAGGUUACUUCCUUCACCAUAAAUCUCACCAUAAAUCUCUCUCCGAUUGAAACAAUUGCAAUUAGAUCAAGCCUCCUACACACAAAUUUGUCGCAAUGUCGGCAACUCAGAGAAUCGCCAUACUUUCCGUCUUCGACAAGACUGGCCUGUUGGACCUAGCUAAGGGCCUCGUGCAACAGAAUGUGCGAAUCCUGGCAUCUGGAGGCACGGCUAAGAUGAUUCGCGAGUCUGGAUUCCCGGUCGAGGACAUCUCUGCUAUCACGAAAGCCCCGGAGAUGCUGUCCGGUCGAGUAAAGACCUUGCACCCGGCUGUCCACGCCGGUAUACUUGCGCGCAACCUGGCUACCGACGAGAAAGACCUUGCCGAGCAGAGCAUCGAAAAGGUCGACUACGUCAUCUGUAACUUAUACCCAUUCAAGGACACCGUAUCUAAGCCCAACGUCACUGUCCCCGAAGCCGUAGAGGAGAUCGACAUAGGAGGUGUUACACUUAUCCGAGCGGCUGCUAAGAACCAUUCCCGCGUCACCAUCCUUAGCGACCCUAAUGACUAUCCCGAAUUCCUAAAGGAGCUCGAGAAUGGAGAGAUCAAGGAGGACAGCCGUAAGAGAUAUGCCCUUAAGGCUUUUGAGCACACAGCCGAUUACGAUGCUCACAUCUCUGGUUUCUUCCGUGCGCGAUAUGCUGGUGAAGGCCAAGAGUACCAACAAUACUUGCCUCUCCGAUACGGCGCCAACCCCCACCAAAAGCCUGCUGCUGCAUACACGACAUCCAACAAGUUACCAUUCAAGGUUCUUGGCGGUGCCCCUGGAUAUAUCAACCUACUUGAUGCCUUGAACAGCUGGCCGCUGGUUAAGGAGCUGAAGAAGUCACUUGGAAAACCCGCGGCCGCCAGUUUCAAGCAUGUUUCCCCCGCUGGCGCUGCCAUUGGCGUUCCUCUAAGCGCUGAGGAGCGCAAGGUUUACUUUGUCGACGAUAUCCAGGGCAUUGAGACUUCAGGCCUUGCCCAGGCUUACGCUCGAGCCCGAGGAGCUGACCGGAUGAGCAGCUUUGGCGAUAUCAUUGCCCUGAGUGACGUGGUUGAUGUUCCUACCGCUAGCAUAAUUUCCAAGGAGGUUUCUGACGGAGUCAUUGCCCCUGGAUAUGAGGAUGCCGCGUUGGAAAUCCUUAAGAAAAAGAAGGGUGGCAAGUACCUUGUUCUGCAGAUAGACCCCGAGUACCAGCCGGACCCUACUGAGGUCCGAACUGUGUAUGGAGUAAACCUCACCCAGCACCGUAACGACAUUGAACUUUCUCCGUCUUCUUUCACUCGAACUAUCACGCCGAAGGAUUUUGCCCUCCCUGAGGCUGCUGCUAGAGACUUGACAGUUGCCACAAUCGCCCUCAAGUACACACAGAGCAACUCCGUGUGCUACGCCAAGAACGGUCAGGUCGUCGGUCUCGGUGCUGGUCAGCAAUCCCGCAUUCACUGCACUCGGUUGGCCGGCGAUAAGGCUGACAACUGGUGGCUGCGCUUCCACCCCCGCGUCCUCGGUAUCAAGUGGAAGAAGGGCACCAAGCGCCCCGACAAGAGCAACGCUAUCGACCUUCUAGUGAGCGGUGAGCUUCCCAAGGGCGGUCCCGAGCGUGAAGCGUUCGAGUCCGUCUUCGAGGAGAUUCCCGCCGCCUUCACCGAAGACGAGCGUAACGAUUGGCUUAGCAAGCUAGGUGAUGUCGCUGUUUCUAGCGAUGCUUUCUUCCCCUUUGUCGAUAACAUCUACCGCGCCCACCGCUCCGGCGCAAAGUACAUUGCAGCGCCCGGCGGCAGUCAGAACGACUCCGCCGUCUACGAGACGGCUGAGAAGCUCGGCAUCGUCUUCGUGGAGCAGAACAUUCGACUCUUCCACCACUAGAGAGCGGCAUCAAA